UCUGCAAUUGAGGCAACGACUUUAUCGGCCGUUCGUUUUUGGUUUUGCGCUUUUUGUGGCGAGAAUAUUUGUGCGAGUGCUCGGAAUUUUGUGUUUUCAACCGCCGCAACGACGGACAAACACAGCGUGAUUGAUGGAAUGAUUGUCUACCCCUGAACCAGAACAAACCAACAACAUAUAUACACAAUAUACACUGAAGAGAAAAAUAGAAAAACAGAAAUGGCGGCACUCGGUCACCAAGCGGCCGCGGCCCUCCUCGACUUCAACCAGAAACUGGACAUCAACCUAUUGGACAGCGUCGUGGUGAGCAUGUACGCGGGCAACGGCGAGACACAGCGCAUCGCCCAAGAGGUGCUGACCACACUCAAGGAGCAUCCGGACGCGUGGACGCGUGUCGACACGAUACUAGAGUUCUCGACGAACCAACAGACCAAGUAUUACGCCCUGCAGAUACUCGAGCAGGUGAUAAAGACGCGGUGGAAGGUCCUGCCCAGAAAUCAGUGUGAAGGCAUCAAGAAAUAUAUCGUAUCGUUAAUCAUCAAGACCAGUUCGAAUCCGGAGACCCUGGAAGCUAGCAAGACCUAUCUGAACAAACUGAACAUGAUUCUGGUCCAGGUGUUGAAAAGGGAAUGGCCGAAAAAUUGGGAGAGCUUCAUCCCGGAUAUAGUGGGCGCCAGCAAAACAAACGAGAGCCUCUGCCAGAACAACAUGAUCAUAUUGAAAUUGUUGAGUGAGGAACUAUUCGAUUUUUCCUCCGGUCAAAUUACUCAAACCAAAGCAAAACAUUUAAAGGACACGAUGUGCAGCGAAUUCUCCGCCAUCUUCCAUUUGUGUCAGUUCGUGUUGGAAAACUCGCAGAAUCCGCCGCUAGUUAACGCGACGCUGGAAACGCUUCUGCGUUUCCUAAAUUGGAUUCCACUCGGAUAUAUAUUCGAGACCAAGUUGAUUAACACGUUGGUCUUUAAAUUCCUGCCCGUUCCGAUGUUCCGUAACGUCAGUCUCAAGUGUCUGACCGAAAUUGCCGGUGUGACCGUCAGCAAUUACGACGAGAUGUUCGUGCAGCUGUUCACGCAAACCAUGAUGCAGCUGGAAACGAUGCUGCCGCUGCAAACCGACAUCAAGACGGCAUACGCCUGCGGUCAAGACCAGGAGCAGAACUUCAUACAGAAUCUGGCGCUGUUCCUUUGUGCGUUCCUGAAAGAGCACGGCAGCUUGGCGGAAAAUUCCGUACAGGUCGACAUGUUGAGGAAUGCUCUGAGGUAUUUGGUGCUUAUCAGCGAAGUAGAGGAGGUAGAAAUCUUUAAAAUUUGUCUCGAAUACUGGAACACACUGGCGUCGGAACUGUACAGGGAAGUGCCGUACUCAGUUGGCCAACCGAUAUUCUUUUCGUCCAGCAGUCGCAGGAAUCUAUAUCAGGACGUUUUAAACAAAGUCCGUUAUAUAAUGAUUUCCAGGAUGGCGAGACCGGAAGAAGUGUUGGUCGUGGAAAACGACAAUGGCGAAGUAGUUAGGGAAUUCAUGAAGGACACGGACUCCAUUAAUCUGUAUAAAAACAUGAGGGAGACGCUCGUCUAUCUGACGCAUCUGGACUACGCAGAUACGGAACGGAUAAUGACAAACAAGCUACAGAACCAAGUGAACGGCACAGAAUGGUCGUGGAAGAAUCUGAACACGUUGUGUUGGGCUAUAGGCAGCAUAUCGGGUGCGAUGCACGAGGAGGACGAGAAACGUUUCCUGGUCACCGUCAUCAAGGAUCUGUUGGGUCUGUGCGAACAGAAACGUGGCAAGGACAAUAAGGCGAUCAUCGCCUCGAACAUUAUGUAUGUGGUCGGCCAAUAUCCCAGAUUCCUUAAAGCCCAUUGGAAGUUCCUCAAGACAGUCGUCAAUAAACUGUUCGAGUUCAUGCACGAGACACACGACGGCGUCCAGGACAUGGCCUGCGACACCUUCAUUAAGAUCGCACUGAAAUGUCGCAGGCAUUUCGUCACGACACAGAUUGGCGAGUCCUGUCCGUUCAUCGAGGACAUCCUGGCCUCCAUCUCGACCAUCAUUUGCGACCUGCAGCAGCAACAGGUGCACACGUUUUACGAAGCAGUCGGCUACAUGAUCUCCGCGCAGGUUGACAGCGCCACCCAGGAUGCCCUCAUCGAAAAAUAUAUGUUACUACCCAAUCAGGUUUGGGAUGAAAAAAUCAGCCAGGCUAGUAAAAACGUGGACGUACUGAAAGAAAUAACGGUUGUGAAACAACUGGCCAGCAUAUUGAAAACAAACGUCAGAGCCUGCAAAGCUUUAAAUCACGCUUACGUGGUACAACUAGGACGGAUAUACCUCGACAUGCUCAACGUCUACAAAGUAAUGUCAGAGAAUAUCACGGCAGCAAUCGCAUUAAACGGAGAACAGGUGACAAAACAGCCGCUAAUCAAGGCGAUGCGGGUGGUGAAAAAAGAAACUUUAAAAUUGAUCUCCGACUGGAUAUCCAGAUCGAACGAUCACGUUAUGGUGCUCGAGAAUUUUAUUCCGCCGUUCCUGGAUGCCGUUCUCUUAGAUUAUCAACGUACAGCCGUGCCGUCAGCCCGAGAGCCGGAAGUUUUGAGUGCGAUCGCCACCAUCGUCAACAAGCUAGAGAGCCACAUCACUUCAGAAGUUCCGAAAAUUUUCGACGCGGUUUUCGAGUGCACGCUGGCGAUGAUCAACAAAGAUUUCGAGGAGUAUCCGGACCACCGUACCAAUUUCUUCUUGCUUCUGCAGGCGGUUAACAAUCACUGUUUCCCCGCCUUCCUCAGCAUACCGCCCGCACAGUUCAAGUUGGUGUUGGACAGCAUAAUUUGGGCGUUCAAGCAUACGAUGCGAAAUGUGGCGGACACAGGGUUACAGAUUUUGCUUAAGUUGUUGCAAAAUGUGGAACAACACGAACAGGCGGCGCCCAGCUUCUACCAAACAUACUUGACAGACAUAUUGCAGCACGUGUUCAGCGUGGUGACGGACACGUCACACACGGCAGGCCUCUCGAUGCACGCCUCCAUCCUCGCCUACAUUUUCUCGUUGGUCGAGUCGGGCCGCGUCAACUGUCAACUGGGACCCGCCGCCGCGACACCCGGUGCCGUCGCCGUCGCCGAUAACGUACUGUACAUCCAGGAAUUCACGGCGACGCUACUCAGAUCUGCGUUCCCCCAUCUCACCGACAACCAGAUCAAGAUCAUGGUUCAGGGCAUGUUCAACUUGGACCAGGACAUUCCGGCGUUCAAGGAGCAUUUAAGGGACUUCUUAGUCCAGAUUAGAGAAUACACGGGUGAGGACGACAGCGAUCUGUUCUUGGAGGAGCGCGAGAAGGCUUUGCAGGUGGCGCAGGCGGAGAAACGUCGCGUCCAACUGACCGUGCCGGGCAUUUUGAAUCCGCAUGAAGUACCGGAAGAGAUGCAGGAUUAGCAGAGUUUAUUUUAAAUGCUGUAAUAUUAACAUUUAGAUCGAUAUUUUUCUAUUUAUCUCGUCCGUUAUGAAAUAACAAUAGAAUUUAUGGUCUAUAAUUUGUGAAUGUGUUUUGUGCGAUUUAGCUGGAGCGCUUUUUAAUUUUUUAUGAUUUUUUUUGUCUUGUUUAAUAAUUAUUUUGUAUGGAUACCAUGUUAAUUAAAGAAAUAAAAAGUUUCAGUUACCGGAAACAUUAUUUUCUUUGACCAAAUACCAAAUCUGUAGUAAGUAUAAUACCAAAUUUACGUAUUCUCUUUAUUUAACAUGUUAUUUGGCAUCAUCUUUGAAAAUAAUUCAGUUAUGUACCAUUUACAUAAUUAUGUGUCCUUCAAUCCUUGUGAUAAUUCGCGGUUUCAAAGCACAAAACACAAAACUUGUUUUAUUCUCAUUGAACUGCUCUGAAUAAAAGUUAUGUAUGUGAUUUUUUAAAAGUAUGAUUGGCUGUUUUUGUAUUAUUUAAAAUCAUAUAGUUUAGAUUAUCAAUCAUUCUUUUAGUGCAAAAAUAUCCCCUGCAUCACUCCAAUUUUUUAUAUCUGCAUUUUAUAAACUAAACCAAGUAUUUCAGUUGAUUGAUUUGAUAGUUUACAGAGUUUCGUUUUGUAGAAAAUGUUAGCUCCUAAAUGAAAUUAUAAUAACAAAAAAAUUUGUACAUUUUUAUAACACUUGUAAAAAAUACUAAAACUGUUUUUCGUUCGUGCAUUUAAAUUGUUUCGCCAUACGCAAAUUAAAAUUUGAAUAGGCCAAGCUGAAAUGCUCUGUAAGCCUCGGACUGCUGUAAAUAUUGGCCGUUAUUGGUUGAGGUUCGGUUCUAUUCUAUUCUAUUAGAUUAUGGCGUUGUUUUUUAUGUCAUAUAAAAUUUAUUGCAGUUAUCUCACAUGGUAUUAGCAUUAGUUUGCCUUUUGUAUAAAUGCUUCUUGUUUAUUAUUAUAUUAUUUUGGUCAUUUUUCUUUCAAAAACAAUUUUUAGAGUAUAUAACACUUGUGCUAUGAAGAUUCACAUCUUCCGUGUACAAUGAUUGAAUCUGUAGCUGUAGUUGUUAAUAUUUUGUGAUCAUUUCAAUAAUAAAACUUAUAAAACA